CCCCUCUGUCUCGUCACUUCCGGCCCGGGCCUCCCAGCUGGAAGCGGCUGCGGCGGUGGCGGUGUCUGAAACUGGGCGAGCAGUCUGAAUCCAAGAAGGAGACCCAAGCAUUCAAGUUGUGUGAUUGGAUCAGACACCCCCAGCUAUGACCAGUUCCCCCGUCUCCAGAGUUGUCUACAAUGGCAAAAGGAAUAGUGGCCCCCGGUCUCCAAGCAACAGCAGUGAGAUCUUCACUCCGGCCCAUGAGGAGAAUGUUCGCUUCAUUUAUGAAGCAUGGCAGUGUGUGGAACGAGAUCUCCGGAACCAGAUGUCUGGCAGCGAGCGUGGCCUGGUGGAGGAGUAUGUGGAAAAGAUCCCUAACCCCAGUCUGAAGACUUUCAAACCUUUUGACUUGAGUGACCUGAAACGCCGGAACACACAAGAUGCCAAGAAGUCCUAAGGGCAGUAGCCUGGUUGCUCCCUUCCUCCCCAUGGCCUCUGGAAGAUUGAAAGUUGCAGAAUUUAUGUUGGUUUUUCUCCCCCUCCUCUGGGCCCAUCUCCCUGGCAGGGCAAGUAAAGAGCCAUGUUCAUGUUGGGCUGAGUUCCUGCAAGGAUGGACUUGAUUGGCACUCAAGGCCCUCCCUCCCCUUCUCCUCCUUCCUUUUUCUUUAGGGAGGUUCCAAGUUGUUAAUGUGACUUGGGGGCCUUGGCCCCUGUCACCACCCAUCCUCUCUUCCUGUACUCCAAAUCUAUGUCUCUGGAGUUGCCUAGCUCUAUCUGCCCCCUCAGGUAGCCUAGAGCCCUCAUUUUCCCUCUUUGGUUUUUAGCUGCCAAGGCAGCCAAGCAUGGCAGCCCUCCUAUCUCUUCUUAUAUUUCUGAGAUAAGGUGGAAGGAGCAAGGGACAUCUGGGGGGACCUGGGACAAGUUGGAUCAAAUCGGUUCCCUAAGGCGGUAUGGUUAAGUAUGGUAGCUCUAUCUUCCCACAGCCUGGUUCCACUGUAGCCAUCUUCUGUUGCCUCAGUCUUGGGGCAAGCUGGGGAAGUCUCCAUUCCUCCUUUCCUAGAUGUCCAACUGACGCUCUUUCCCUGUUUUCCAAACCCUAUUGGUCCCAGCUCCCUCAUGCCUAGGUAGCCCUCUAGGACCUGUUCUCUACAGGGUUAUCAAGCAGCCAUGCCAAGUCUCUCCUAGACCAGCAUCUUCUCUCCCUUAGGAGCCCCUGUGCCCCUGAAGGUCAGUGGCUGCCAUUGUUCCCUGGUCUAUCCUAUUCCCAGCUGGUAGUUUUACUGAGAGGGUUACUAGUAGUUCCCUUUUUUCUUUCUGUUACAAUUCAAGAGCUGAGUUGUUUGCCAUUACUCUGUAGCCUGAGGAGCUGUAAAUAAAGAUGGGGUUAGGCAUUUGGAAUGUGCCUCUGGCUGAGUUUGUAGCCCCCUCUAUAGCCAAGUUGGUCAGGCCUGAUAUUGCCUCAGGUGCCCACUCAAUUCUAGGACCUUGGGUAUCAGGCCAUUUUUCACUCAGGCCUUGAGCUGGGUAGCCAGCAUGAGGUCUCAACAGGUGGUAGGAAGGAUCCUUUACAACUGGAUCUUAUUUCUCAAGAGUACAUUGUCUUUCUUAGAACUUUAGAAAUUUAAAAAUGAAAUUAGAGGUCAUGGGCAAGAUCAUGAGAAUCCAAAUAAUGUGAGAUGUAUACUCAGAGUCUGUGCUUACCCGCAAAGGAAUUAUGAAAUCAUCUCUGCUCCCAUGAUACUGAUUGAGUCGAUUUUUCAUUAGAAGGCACUGGAUUGGGGAUUGGCCUCUCUUGGUCAGUAAUGACCCCUUCUCUGGCUCAAACAGUGGUAGUUGUGGGGAAGGAGCCCUUUACUCCUUACAGUGGAACCAGCUUUACUGAUAAGCCCAAUUUGAUUUUUGUGAUUGUCUCAUCACCUCCUGACCCAGUCUGACCUCAUUUAGUUAAGGAGAAAAUCUCUACUCCCUCUGGGGUGAAGGGAGCAGUAACUUUCCUGUGUGUUUGGGCUGGACCUCAGAGAUUAAUCUCUGCUAGAAGGGAACAAACAGAGCUGUAGUCAGAAGGUUUAUCCCUUCUGACAUCUUUCCUUUGAAUCUAGCAGAGAAACCUGUGACUGGUAAGCAGUAGCCAAUCUGAGGUUUGAGCCCUUGGUUUGUCAUUAGGUUGACCUCUAGAAAUCUCGUCAUUUUGGUCUGGCCAGACAUGGAACAUUCCUCCCGUCUCAGGCAAUUGAAAUCAAACAGGAAUUCUCUGGGAGGAUUUAUUUCAGGAAUGCCCUUUCCCGGAAUAGUCUCCUGGGACUUGAGUGGUAUCUCAGGCAGUAUCAAUGCAGGCUACCUUCCCACAAGCCUACUCUGAUAGCUGAAACUCUCUGUGCACCCUUGCCCUGAAUCUCAGCUCCUGCUCUGUGGCCACCUUUGCAGUGAGGCCUGGCUAGCCACAGGGACAGGAGGGACUGAAAACAUGGAGGAAGAUUUGGAUUCCAGGCUGCCCUGGGACAUUGGGAUCAGAUGCUCAAGGAAUUGAGGCUAGAGACACAGGAUUCGGAGAAUCUGGGGUUAGUCCUAUUUGUACCUGCAUAAUAGUAAUUGUUGGGAUCAUAGAGCUAGAAAGGACCUUAGAGAUCUUCUCAUAUAACAGCUGAGAAGCCGAGGCCCAGAGCAGGGAGAGAGGUCAUAUAUCCAAGAUCACUGUGUGAGUUAAUGACAGAGCCAAGACUUGCACUUAGGCCUCUUGAAUCCUAAUCCAGCAUCCUUUCUACUCACCAAGUUAUCAGAUUGGUGGUUUGGUUUCCUGACACCAGUCUCUGGAGAACAGAGCAACCUGGAGGCCCCUCCUGACCAUCAGCCUGGCACUUGUGACAGCUCCUUUCCUGUCCUGUAUUCCAUGGACAACACUGGAUCCUCAGGGAUCCUUUUAAUCUCUUUCUCUGCUAAGUUUUCACCAAGUCCUUUGAAGCACUUGCCAGCAUUGAGACCCAGUUUUCUCCACUCCUAUACCUGCGACUGCUGAAUACUGCCGAAGAGUGUCUUGAACAAGGGAUUGACUAUUGUCAAUUCAAAGAAUAUGUUGAUAAUCCAGCUCACUAUGGUUAGAACUGAUUUAAUAGAUGUUCAAAAGCAACAACUUCAGUUUAGUUAAUGGUUCAAUAAAAAAAUAAAAUUUAGCCAAAAAACCCCCAAAA